GAUAUUUUUAAUAUCUUUGUCUGUAUUAUUAUUUGUCAUUCUCUCUGCCACGUUAUCUUCUUGAAGGAAAUUCUCAACUCUCUAUCUUUCAAACUGCAAGCUCCUCCUCUUCGAAUUCAUGUUUGUUGUUGGAAACACGCUCAACCAUCUUUACAUUCAACCAAGAAGCUAUAAGCCGAGUUUCAAAUGGAUGGCAAAGAAUUCUUCUUCAAGUGAUGUAGCUAUUGAGAAAUGGAAACGUGAUGGUGUUUAUAUCGACAAACGUGGAAAAUUGAGGACCUUUCAUCACAAAAAACUGUCCAGGAAACGAUGUGGUUCUUUAAGAGGACAAGGAUGGAAGUAUGGUUCUGGUUUUGUGGAUGGAGUUUUCCCUGUUUUGAGCCCCAUUGCUCAACAGAUCCUGGAUUUUCUUCAACAGGAGGUUGAUGCUGAUAGAGUUUGGGGUUCACUUGAUAAUCUUUCUCCCUCUCAUUCUACUUGGGACGAUCUUAUCAAUGUAGCUGUUCAACUUCGUUUAAACAAAAAAUGGGAUCCUAUUGUGCUGCUUUGUGAGUGGAUAUUGCAGAGGAGCUCCUUUCAGCUGGAUGUUAUGUGCUUCAAUUUGCUCAUAGAUGCUUAUGGACAGAAAUCUUUAUACAAGAAGGUGGAAUCUACGUACUUGGAACUUCUCGAAGCUCGAUGCGUACCAACAGAAGAUACUUAUGCCCUUCUUGUCAAGGCCUACUGUACAGCUGGGCUAAAACAGAAAGCUGAGGCUGUGUUUGCCGAGAUGAGAAAGUAUGGUCUCUCCCCAAGUGCAACUGUUUACAAUGCUUAUAUUGAUGGGUUGAUGAAGGGAGGAAACUCCCAAAAGGCUAUAGAAGUUUUUCAGAGGAUGAAGAGAGACGGAUGCCAACUGAAUACCGAAACUUACACACUGAUGAUCAACUUAUAUGGGAAGGCAAGUAAAUCCUAUAUGGCCUUGAAAUUAUUUGAUGAAAUGAGAAGUCAAAAGUGUAAACCAAAUAUAUGCACAUACACUGCUCUGGUGAAUGCUUUUGCUAGGGAGGGACUCUGUGAAAAGGCUGAAGAGAUUUUCGAGCAGCUUCAAGAAGCCGGUCAUGAGCCUGAUGUGUAUGCUUACAAUGCGCUCAUGGAAGCUUACAGUCGUGCAGGUUAUCCUUAUGGUGCGGCAGAAGUAUUUUCACUCAUGCAACACAUGGGAUGUGAACCAGACAGAGCUUCAUUUAAUAUCAUGGUUGAUGCCUAUGGUAGUGCUGGCCUUUACGAGGAUGCUGAAUCGGUAUUUGAGGAGAUGAAGAAGCUAGGAAUAACGCCGACGAUGAAAUCUCACAUGCUACUUCUCUCUGCCUACUCUAGAGUCGGGAAUAUAGCUAAGUGCGAGAAUAUUGUGAACCAAAUACAGGAAUCUGGACUUCAACCGGACACCUUUGUCCUAAACAGUAUGUUAAACCUGUAUGGCAAGUUAGGUCAAUUCGAAAACAUGGAGAAAGUUUUGGUUGCAAUGGAAAAAGGACCUUAUGAAGCUGACAUUAGUACAUACAACAUUUUGAUCAAUGUUUACGGCAGGGCAGGAUAUUUCAACAGAAUGGAAGAGUUGUUCCAGUCACUUCCUGCCAAGAAUUUGACACCUGAUGUGGUAACCUGGACUUCACGGCUCGGAGCCUACUCUAGGAAGAAACUAUAUCAAAGAUGCUUAGAAAUUUUUGAGGAAAUGAUCGACGCUGGCUGUUACCCUGAUGGAGGAACUGCCAAGGUACUUCUCUCUGCAUGUUCUAGUGAAGAUCAAAUCGAGCAGGUCACGACCGUGAUUAGAACAAUGCAUAAGGACAUGAAGACCGUCUUGCCGAUUUGACCAGAUACUUCCUUGUAAGUAGAUCACACCCAUAUAUGUGUUUGACUGUGGAGUAAAUUGUUGUAUAUAUGUGUAACAAACUGAAAUUAGAUUCUCAUGCAAUGUGUAAGUAGCAGAUAGACAUUGCCUGCAUAUAGCUAACAUAUAGCCAAGUUUUUAGUAAGAUGGUAUAGAGUUCAAGUGAGAAUUUUUCAAAAAAUGCUUUUCAUUUCUUGAUCAACAUAUAGCUAAGUUUUUAGCUUGCAUACAA